AUGUCUGUAUCACGAUCAUCAGCACGGCAAGUACAUACUGUUUUGGGUGGUGGUAUACGAUAUGAAACAGUUGAACUUGUUCUAUCAGCGAUACCUAAUUUUGAAUUGAAACAAAAAGGACGUAUUCUUCAUUUGUUUGCAGAGAUUUACAAUGCUUUCGUCCAAGAAAUUCAAGAGGCACUUGAUGAACGACAAAAUAAUCUCGAUAGUUUUCUUGUUCGUACUCAAAGUAAUACAUCAUUAGCAGAACCAUUUGCAUUUGAAUCACAAAUUGAUACUGAUACAUAUCCAAUUAAUUUAUCUUCAAAAUCAACAGAUGAAUUAUUACUACCAUCAAUUGAAUCAGAUAAUAACAUAUCAAAUGAAACUGUUCCAUCAUUAGUUGUUCCCAAUGAAAAAGAUCAAUCUGAAAAACAUCCAUGUCAUCAACAACAAUUAAGUUGGACAUCAGUAAAAGAUACUUUUAAUAUUAAAAAAGAAAUUGUAACACCACCAAAAACAAAACGACGUCAAUCAAAAACUUCAUCUAAUUCAAAACAAAAAAAAUUAUCUUCAAUACCAUCAAUGCGUCAAAUGACAAUGACACAAUUAUUUGAUCCAAUUGAAUCGCCUAAAUCAACUAGAACUUCGACUUCUACUUCUAUAAAACAAGAACCAGAUAUACCAGGCAAUGAUACAAUAAUGUAUAUACCAGAAUCACUUAUCGGUUUAGCCCAACCAUCGGAAUCAAUGUCAGAUAAUGAAAGUGAACAAAAUAAUUUAUCAGAUUUAUUGGCAUCGAUCAGACACAAUAAAAUAUCAAAUUCACCGUCAUUUAAACGUAAAUACAUUCCUUCACCAAUUAUGAAUAAUCCAAUUCCUGAACAAACAGCAACAACAACAACAACAACAACAACAACGGAUGAAGAAGAAAAUAUUCAAAAUGAAGCUCUUAUUGAAUCACCUUAUGCUGGUAUUGAUAAUGAAGAAUUACUUUAUGCUUGUCCAAUGUGUCGUAAUUAUUGGCUGGGUCUACCUGAAGAACUUCGUCAUAAACAAGGUUUAAAAUGUCGUCAUCGAAAACGACCAGUUGUUCAUACACCAGAGCACUUUUGGUCAUUAGGCAUUCCAAAUACACAAACAUGUAUUCAACGUGGUUAUGGUGGUGUUCUUCCACCAGAUAAACCAAUAGAAAGACCAAGAAGGCCAAGACGACAAUAUCAACGAAGAUUACAAGAACGACAACUGCAACAACAAAAUGAUAAUGAAGAAGAAUAG